CACACACACACACACACACGCGGAAACAAACGACACACCGUGCACGCGAUCUCAGAGAGAACUUAACUACAAACUGGACUUUAUAAAGACGAAUCUGCUCCGUUGAAGAAGAAUGAAGCCCGUGUUCUCCUGUCUGUCUGUGGGCUCGUUGCUUUAUAUCGUCUACGUCUGCGCAGAGAGCGUCCCAAUCCCUGAGAAUGUGACCAUGACAUCACUGGACAUGGGAUUGGCUCUGCAAUGGGAUCCGCCACAAAACACCACUAAUCAACUAUUUAACUACACCGCUGAAGUGAAACUGUGGAGAGAUUAUGAGCCAGUAUGUGUCUGCAGCUCAUCACUAAGAUGUGAUUUCACUUAUAAUGUGAGCAUUUUUGGAUUUUACCAACUUCGCGUUCGGACUGAACUACACGGAGAGACGUCUGAUUGGGUGGAGACUGGAGAGUUUGCAGUGGAUGAGAUAACGGAGGUCAGCGCUCCUCAUGUCCAACUGAGCAGCAGAAAAGGACAAACCGAAGUGGACAUCACUGAUCCUCCGAUGAGAAGAAGCACCUUGAGGGAUGUCUUUACUGGGGUUUCAUACCUCAUCCGCUUUUGGGAAAAAGGAGAGGCAGAAAAGGAAGAACUAAUAAGAGACCAGAACAGAAUUAUGUUACCAAACCUGGAGCCUUUGGUGAACUACUGCGUGGAAGUGGCGGUUUUGUACAAUAAAAGAACAAGCCAGUUCAGCAACACGACCUGUGUGACCAACUCACCCAGCAGUGAGGUCGAACCCUGGCUCAUCGCAGUCGUGCUCCUGGUCAGUCUUCUGGUGGUGUUAGUCGCUAUUGUCCUGAUCUUUCUGGCUGUGUGGUACGGUUAUCAAGGAUGCAGAAUUAUUUUCCCUGAUACGAAACUGCCGGAGAACCUCAAACAGUUUUUGUCGCAACAGUCCCAGUCGCCCAUACUUUCAGCCAUGCAGGAGAGCACUCAGCUGAAGGAGCACUUUCAUGAGCUGAGGAUAUUUCACACGGAGCCGGACAGCUCUCAGGACAAACCGCAGAUGGAAGGAUCCGGGAUUCAGACAGAGAAGGAUGAGAGUUGUACCGGAGCAGACGUUACACAGAGAAGCGAGGACAGAUCUGAAACAGCCAGCACCACAUCAGAAGAGCAGCAUUUACUUGCUGAAUAAGGACUGUUGUGAUGCCAAACCAUAUUUAUUUAAAGUCCCCGUGGUGAAAAUCCAGCUUUUAAUGUUGUUUAUAUUUGUAUGUUGAGUUUUUGAUAUGCUAUUAGACAAACCAUGUGUAAAUUCAGAAGUAUACACCAUUGCUGAGUAUUUUCUCCUUAACCCUCUGGGCCCUAAGGGUAUUUUGGGGCCCUGAAGAAGUUUUGAUAUUGGUGCUUUUUUCAGUUAAAAACAUAUUAAUGACUAAAGUCUGAUAACACUGUUUUCAGCACAAACAAGGCUACCGUAAUAUGUGAGCAACAUGUACAUACAAGUUUGUAGUUUUGAAAAAAUAAUGUUUAUGCUUGUUU